AUGUCGAACGCAAACGUAGAGGUGAAGACCUUCGUCCUCGACGGUCCCGUGGCGCAGGGACACUCGGAGGCCGCCUUCCCGCCGCUCAAGAUGGUCGCAAAACGUUAUAGAUGGAAUCCGUCUUCGUCCCAAUCCAAAGUAGCCGACUACUUGUCAGGCGUAUCAGGUCGCGGUACCGACAACUUGCCAUCGGAUGAUCACAAGUCUGGCCUUACUCUGCUGUUUGCUCAUGGCGUCGGUGCUCACAAGGAACAAUGGGAACCGACUAUCUUAUCCGUGUUUCAGAGAUCAUCUCUCAGCAGCGUUGCCAAGGCUAGGCUCAGGGAAGCUUGGGCGUUCGACUGGCAAAACCAUGGGGACGCGGCGGUUUUGAAUAGGGACGCUUUGCAGCGUAGGCCCAGCCCAGGAGUAUCCGUGUACGAAUGGGCAAAGGCCAUGUCUACGUUUAUGAAGUCUGAUCAUAUGAAGGGCCACAAGAUCAUACCGAUUGGCCAUUCUGGCGGUGCGGGAGCUGUCAUGUUGACAUUAAAGGACUUCCCUCUUUGGGCCUCGCCGCAAGUUGCCUAUAUCCUCGUCGAACCCACCAUCAUGAGCGAGGCCCAGUGGCAAGCGCUUAUCGACGACCGGAUGGAAAAGAUGCAGUUCUCGAUACGCAUGACUAUGAAGCGACGGACGCUAUGGCCGAACAGGGAAGAUGCGUUUGCAUGGUUUCGUCGAAGAUACCCUGGGACGACAUGGGACGACCGCGUAUUGCGAGCAUUUGUGGAUCAUGGUAUGGAGGAAACGCCGGAAGGAAUUCGCCUGAAAUGCGAAAAGGACCAAGAGGCGUCCUCGUAUCCAGAUGUCGAAGGUCACUUCGAAGCGUCGAAAAUUGUCACGGCUGUUUGUCAUACAAUACCGAUUCACUACAUUUGGGCUAAAGACCCUACAUACCUCCCUCUCGACGUCCGAGCAUCUCUUAGCGAUGCGGCUUACGGACGUACGGCACGAUCUAUCAAAUUGAUAGAGGGCGCAGGUCACAUGGUUGUUCAAGAAAAGCCAGACUUAAUAGCCAAGGCCAUAUGUGACGUACUGGCCGAUACCGCUAUGAUGACUACGGAUCAAAUCCAAGCGAGACUUUAG